GGGGUAGCGCGGCUCUUACUUAUAUAAAACUACAACUCCAGCUUUCCCGCCGACGUUGAAAGCCAAGCCGCUAUCUGGUCAACAUAUUAUCGCCCUGGACAACCUCAAUCUAUCUUCAUAGAGAAGUCUGCAAAUGCCACGCAAUUCGACUGCAGCAAUCCUAUGGAUGUGGCCUUUAUCCACGACAGCUCGAGUAGUGUGAAUGAGAAGGACUUCGGACUCAGUCUCAAUUGGACAGCGAGCUUCGCGGAGUCCAUGAAUGUACCUUACACUACAAAGUUAUCUUUGACUACCUUCGACUCUUCCACCACCGUCAGGUUCUUGUUCGACGAUUACAGCACCAAGGCUCAGGUCGUCUCGGCCAUUAAAAGAAUCGUCAGAACUUAUGGAGGGACAAACACAGCCAAGGCACUGAACACAGUUCGCACAUCAGUCUUCCCGAUGGCGAGAAAUGAAUCCAGACAUGUGGCCGUGCUGAUCACAGACGGACAGUCCGACAGCUUCACCGAAACAGUUGCUGCCGCAAAUCUUCUUAAAGAGUCAGGUGUGGUCGUGUUUGCUCUUGGCAUCGGAAACUACAGGCUUUCGGAGUUGCAGGCCAUCGCCUCGCAGCCGGUCUGUAGUCACGUGUUCACCCUCACUGACUUCUCUCUCAUCAACAGCAUUAUUUAUGAAAUCAAGCGCAGCACUUGUCAGGCCCCAAAAGUUCUCACAGCUCCAACUAACGUGUCGCAAAGCACCACAGAGCCGUAUACCAUUUCUGUCAAUACUAGCAUCAUUGGACCUACAAAAACAAUAGGUUUUGACGUGCGGUGCGGGACGCUGGACAUCUACGUCUCCUUCACCAACCCGCGCCCCAGCUCCGCCCUCUUCUCUGAGCACUACACCGCAGAGGACGGCCGGCCGGCCUACCUGACGUCAUCAGUGCUGGAGGAUGGCCGGCAGGUGUACAUCACAGUGGUCGGCAAGGAGCUGCCCACGUCCAUUGCGGAUCUUCAGAAAUGCUCCAACUUCAGCUACACUGUUUCCGUUGUGGACAAGCCCUGGGAGAUCACGUGCUGCAAGAGCGGCGUGUGUCGCAAGUGCACGGACAGCGACCUGCUUCAACAGAAGGACGUAUACAGCAAAUUCUGCAGCAGCAACAAUAAGGUCGGGUACGACAACCCUUGCACGCUGCAAGCCUUGAGCCAAGGCCGCGAUGUCUUCCCCUACCCGUACGACUCCACCAAGUUCAUCAGGUGUGACGCCAUAGGCAACCCAUACGUCACCCUGUGCCCUUCAGGGCUAAUCUUCGAUUCCGAGGCUCUGAGCUGCGGCAACAAGGGCUCAGACCACCCGGGGGCUACACUGUCCGCCAAUAACCCCUGCACGCCUGCAAAUCUGAGGACGGGGCUGUUCUACUACGCCGACCCAACCAGUAAAACGAGAUUCAUACAAUGCGACGAGUGGGGCAACGCCUGGCAGAUGCCCUGCCCCAGCACCCAAGAAUGGAACCAGAACAUUCUCACCUGUGACUACCCCAAGACAGCAGCUCCCGUCGCCUCCAACCCGUGCGCAACAGCCGUCCUCUCCGGCAAGUACUUCUAUCCUCACCCGUGCAACCAUCGCAAGUUCAUCCAGUGCGAUGCCUCCGGCAAAGCCACUGAGAUGAAUUGUCCCUCCAACUUGUUCUAUGAUCCUAACAUCAUGGCGUGCGAUUUCGAGGACCGACAACCCGGAACCAGCUGCUGAUCGCGCUCCGAUAGCCUCCCUUGCUCCCUAUAUCAAUCGUGAUUUUGUUCAUAGAACUCCAGUAGUGACAAGUAGCGGGGAAGACAUCCCAUACAGUUCUCUUGUAAUUGCUAGUGAUUAGCAGAUUUUUACCAUAAACAUUACUUUUAUUUUUUCAUCAGUUUUCUUUCAGCUUGUAGAUUUUGCUUCGUAGAAAAUUGUUUCAUAAAUGUCAUGUUUGACAAGAAUUUGUUUCCUCACAAAUGUCCCCGCAUGCUGUAGAAAAACAUCCCAUGUGCCAUAUAGUUGUGAGUAUAUUUUUUC